AUGGAGCCCAGCGGCCCGGGCACGGGGACCGGCGUGGAAGGCGCGGCGGGCGACCCGUACCAGCGACCAGCGCGGCGCACGCAGUGGCUGCUGAGCGCCCUGGCGCACCACUACGGGCUGGACCGAGGCGUGGAGAACGAGAUCGUGGUGCUGGCCACGGGCCUGGACCAGUAUCUGCAGGAGGUCUUCCACCACCUGGACUGCCGAGGCGCCGGCCGCCUGCCCCGCGCCGACUUCCGCGCGCUCUGCGCGGUGCUGGGGCUGCGCGCCGAGGAGGCUGCCGCCACCUGGGAGGCCGCCGGGGAUACAGCCGCGGGAGACACGAACUCCGGGGAUGUGAUCGCUGGGGUGGCCACCGCUGGGGACGCGGACGCGGAGGAGGAGGCGCGCCUGGCACUGCGCGCCGAGCCGCCUGAGCUCACCUUCCGCCAGUUCCACGCGCGCCUCUGCGGCUACUUCGGCACCCGUGCCGGGCCCCGUCUGCCCCGCGGCGCUCUCAGCGAGCACAUCGAGACGCAGAUCCGCCUGCGCCGCCCGCGCCGCCGCCGCCGCCGAGCGCCCCGUACGCCCGGCCCCGACGGCGGCCCGGACAGCGAACGCCUGGCGCGCUUGGAGGAAGAAAACAGCAGCCUGCGCGAGCUGGUGGAGGACCUGCGGGCCGCGCUGCAGAGCAGUGACGCGCGCUGCCUAGCACUGCAGGUCGGCCUCUGGAAGAGCCAGGCGGGCGCCCAGGAGGCGGCGCACGGCGGGCCCGAGGCGGCGGCGCGGGAGCUGCGGCAGGCGCGGGGCGCGCUGGCGGCAGCCGAGGCCCGCGCGGGGCGGCUGCGCCGCGGCCAGGCCGAGGUGCGGCGGCGCGCGGAGGAGGCCCGGCAGGCAGUGCUGCGCAGCCUGGCGCGCGUGCGCGAGCUCGAGGCGCUGGCGCGGCAGGUGCCCGGCCUGCAGCGCUGGGUGCGGCGGCUGGAGGGCGAGCUGCGGCGCUACAGGUCGGAGGACACCCACCUCCCAACCUCACCACGAGCCAGCCCGGAGGCAGAAGCCAAGAGUAGUGAACCUGAGGACGGUGGGACCAGAGGCCCAGACCUCCCUCCAGAGGGAGCCUGGGGGUCCGACAGCAGCUCGGGGAGCAGACCCCUGGACGAAGCCCGUGCUUCUCCAGCAGCGGACGAGCAGCUGUUCCGCUCGGUCGAGGGCCAGGCCGCCUCUGACGAGGAGGACGACAGUGGGAAGUGGCAGGAGGCGCGGCGGCCACCGGCUGAGGUCAAGGCCCUGCUGGCCGGCCUCUCCAGCUGCGGCAGCGGGUGUGAUGACCAGACGGCCAAGAAGCUCAUGACCUACUUCACCCGCUUUGGCAGUGCCGACCAUGCCCGUGCCCUGGGGGAGCUGGAGCAGCUGGGGACCCAGGGCUGCAGUGGGAAGACCCUGGGGACACCAGGGGAGGAGGCGGAGCUGCAGCAGAAGGUCGAUGAGAACGAGCACCUGAGGCUGGAGCUGCAGAUGGUGGAGACAGAGCGGGUGCGGCUGUCCCUGCUGGAGGAGAAGCUGGAGGACGUGCUGCAGCUCCUGCGGAGGCUCCGGGACCUGAACAUAUCGAAAAGAGCCCUGGGGAAGAUUCUGCUGAGCACACUGGACGCUUGCAGGGACCCUGCACGUGAGGGGACGUCUGGCCCCUCAGCCACGCUGGAUGCCCUGCACCGAGCUUUGGCUGGCUGUGAGCUCCUGCGUAGAGAGCCCUCGGCACCAGCCUCUGCAGCUCCAGCACUCAGCAACUCCCUCCUCAUCUCCUGCUGA